AUGUUGAUGGGCAAAAUAUUUAUCGUUAUGAGACAUAAAAGUCCUGAUUGAAAAUUUCAUAGAAAGUCGAGUUUUCAAAGACAAUGGCGUGGCCAUAGACUUUUUCACGCACUGCUCAACUCCACAAGUCUCUUACUAGGCCUAAACCUCCCAGAGGCCGAGCGAUUUGACCCAGCCCUUCACCUGCAACGGGGGAAAUAUCCCCCAACGUUCCCAAGUCGAAACCUUUGGUUAACUGUCAACCGUGGCCAUACGUUGGUACGUCCAUUCGAGAACAAAGGUCUCAAUAACUAAUCUCCCGUGUGAACUGUUAUGUUACAACGCCCCAUGAAGAUGGGGUUGGCAUUGGCCUGAGAAGGCACCGAAAGUCUUUGCCAUCACAGUAUAUGCUCACCUCGCUCGCCAGGAAACCAGGCCACCAGUGAUGGAAGGAGGAACGAGCUCUGCUACCUUGAAGGGGACACUGUGGUUCCCCCCAUCCUUACGGUUUCUCCUAGUCUUUUUCUUUCUAUUGUUCUUCUUCUCCACCUUCGCAACCCAACCGGUACAUAGCCAGUCCCAGGAAGGUACGUCUGCUCUAUGACUCACAGCUAUGGAAUUAUGCCUCAGUUUUUUCUCCAAGGCAUGGCUAUUUACUCCUACCAAAACACUGCUUGUUAUUUCCCCUUGCUCCCGAUCCUUGGCUGCUUCUAUCUGAUUCCCCUUCCGCACUGGGGGGAUGGAUCAGUUCUGGCUUUGGGUGCAGAGAUAUCUAUCAUACAAGACUUAGGACAAGCAUUGAUGAAUAUCAUGCAGGUUUCAUAAGCAUAGAUUGUGGCAACCCUGACGGCGCAGACUAUGAAGACCCCAGCACUAAAAUAACCUUUUCCCCAGACUCGAGGUACAUCAAUAGGGGGGAGAACAAGAUCGUCUCAAAUAACCCAUUUUCUCGGCAAUAUGAAACUCUCCGAAGCUUCCCCAAUGGGGAUCGCAACUGCUACAAGCUGUGGCCGGUGCAGACCGGCAAGAAGUACCUGAUUCGAGCUGGGUUCUGGUAUGGGAACUAGGACAAAAGGAGGAACGUUCCCACGUUCGACCUCCAUAUCGGGGUCAACUUCUGGACCACCGUCCGACUGUCAUUCGACGGCGCCGGCAUAUUCGAGAUCAUCACGGUAGCCUCGGGGGAUUUCCUCUGGGUGUGCCUGAUCAACACGGGCAAGGGGACGCCCUUCAUAUCGACUCUCGAGCUGAGGCCACUCCCCGACUUCAUGUAUCCCAUCGCGAGCCUGUCCCAGCAUUUGGUCUAUGAAUCGCGAAAGAACUUCGGAGCGACAUACCAGUUGAGGUAGUCGACAAUUAUUCCAAUAGACGAAUUUCGCAACCAACGGUUCAAAUCCUAGCAUUUGUUUACCCGGUUAUAUUGCCUGCUGGUUCAGAUGGGAAGGGUACGGACUGACCGGGCCUAGACCUUGGAAAGCCCAGAGUUACCCUUUUCAAUCUGUCACACGCAAACAAUUAGCAUAACUAAUAAGCAUUUAUUUCUGAUGUAGGUACUCAGAUGAUCCAUAUGACCGCAUCCGGUUCAACGCCUCCACCCGCUUCCACAAGUUCACUGGCUCGAGUGAAGUGGCCCCAAAAGUAGGAGACAGGUUUCAAGUCCCUUCAAAAGUCAUGGCCACAGCAGUCAUAAGUUCAGUCUUCUUGGGAAUAGAUGGUGAUCCUUGGGAUAGAGUCUACGUCAUCAUGCAUUUCACAGAACUCAAAGCAUUGAACUCAACGAACAACACAAAGUUGAUAAGUGUCUACAAAAGGUUACCCGAAGGUUGGUUGUAUGAUAAAUAUAGCCCACCUUUUGGAGUAGACCAUAAGGAGGUCAUCAAUGAUCCUAUUCAGAGUAGCAGAAGCUUUUCAUUGUUUAUCUACAUAUUAAUCUCAUUCACCCAUCCUCCCUUACUGAAGGUUAGUUGGAAAAUUAAAAAUGUAGAGAACUUAGGUGAGGUGAAAGGAGGGAGAAGCUGAGGUGGCACCAUAACCUUUGACCAGAUAAGUCUGACCAUUGGCAAUGGUGAUAGGGGAAUCGGUUGAAGUAGGCUGACAGAAUGAGAGAAUAGUGAGGAUACCAGUCAUGUGGGUGGAGGCCUCUGAAUCAAUAAUCCAUGACGUUGAAGAGGAAGCAAAGAGAAUGUGUGUACUUGGUAUGGAGAAGGCUGAAAACGAGGUGAGACUAACAAAGGUGAAAGCGUCGAUACUAUUGAUAUAGCGAAGGGCAUCAUAUUCUACAAGCAUCAAGGUCACGUGGAAGGUAA